AUGAAUAACUACGACAAUGACCGGAAUAUGGGCGAGCAGCAGCGCCAACCUGCUCCUAUGAGAUACCCAAGAGGUCAGGAUCCCAGAGAAAGACCAGACGGUCGUCCACCGUACGAUGGCUACAACAGGCCACCUCCUGGGCAGCCAAUGAGAAGUCCAAUGCACGGCCAGAUGGGACACCACAUGCAAAACAACAACCAAGGGCGGAUGCCCCAGCAAUAUCAAGAUCCCAACUACGACAGAGAUCAACAAUACUCACCCCAAGGGCCAUAUUCUCCCCAAGGACAACCUCAAAACUACGGACCACCCCAGCAGCGCGGACCUCCUCAGAGCCAAGGACAACGACGACCUGGACCUCCAACGGGGAGACCUAUGAAUUCACCGCGUGGACCUCCUCCUCAUGGUGCCCAAGGAUACAAUCAACCUCCCGGGAACUACCCACCGGGCCCUCGAGCUGGCCAACGGCCUCCAGGGGGCCAGCCAAUGCAAGGUCAGCAGCAGCGACCUCAAGGGCCGACACCCAUCUUUGUCUCACCAGUAAGAACCGAUCCCCAUACCCAAGUGGAUGGUCAGACAGCUCCACCACGAGGAAAUCUUCCUCCGCAAGCUGCACCUCCUAGCCCUGCCUCUGCGUGGCCUCUUGGCGGAAGCCAAGAGAGAGCACCCCAGCAACAAUCGCAGCAACAACAGCGACGCCAACAGCAGCAGCAGCAAGCUCAACAGCCUCAACCACCUCAGCCUGUAUAUCAACAGUCACAACAACAACAGCAACGUACGCCGGAGCAAUCUACCCCGGCUGGUGAAAGUCUUCAUAGUCGUUCCCAUGGGUCCUAUGCCUCCUCAGCAGCGAUUCCAGAGGCUUGGGGCACCGGCAUAGCAGCUCCUGUUCCUGGACAGCGAGAUGUUCAACAUUCUGAUACCUACCAGGGAGGCCCUCCUCAAACAGUCGUGGAACAAGCACCUCGCCCAGUUGUAGAGGAUAACCGCAGUCAACAGCCUGCAGACCGUGUCGCGGUAGCAGAAAAGGCUACAGUUCCUCAAAGCCACACCUAUACUACCACAACACCUACACCCACCACGACCAGCGAAACAUCUACGACGCAGCAUGAUAUGCUCAAGGCUUAUGCAGCGGCCAGCUCAUCGGAAACCUCCGCGAAGGAAGUUACCAAGAAGGCUCCUAUUGUGACAACCCGGGAAUCAUUCGACGGAGCGCCCCCAAAGCUAGACGUCAACCUGAAGCCCUCUGAUGGGCGAGGUAGUAUGUCGAGUUUGUCAGACCUUAUUCUUCGAGCCACAAAGCUUGCAACCAUUAUUGACAAGGACCAUCAACAACGCCCUCGUAGCAAAAUGAUCGAUGUUACAACCUACAGCCACGAUAAGAGUGGUUAUAUGACCGAUACAACGGGUAAACUGUCCCAAGAGAACGGAAACUCCGAAUUUUCCGAUAUGCUGGCCUCGUUUCCUCCUCCAUCGACUGCUCCCCCCACCAACGGCAAUCGAGGACCCGGCCCAUGGUUCCAACGUGUAUCACAGCAUCUUCGUCCAAUUGAGAUGGAAAAGGUGGAGAUGCAAGAGGAUGUUCCUGCUCCUAAAAAGGGACGUCGUUGCUGCGGGAUGCCUGUUUGGGCUUUCAUCAUUCUUAUGUUUCUUCUACUCUGUGCCAUUGCUGCUGCGGUCAUUAUCCCACUGGAAAUGUUUGUUUUCAAAGGAUUUGGAGGCAUGGGGCAAGAGCCGUCGCCAACAGAAAAGUGCAAAUCAAGUCUACCAUGCAUGAACGGCGGUACAUCGGUGUUAUCUGAUGGUACUUGUUCUUGCAUUUGCACUGGUGGCUUUACCGGUGUCAACUGCAAUACCGUGGCUGCGAUUGGAUGUGCAACAACAAACUUGGUGGGACAGAACGGAGAAGUGGAAGUAUCCAACGUUACAGUUGGCAUCGCUAUCCCUCGACUUGUUGCCGAUGCCAGUGCAAACUACUCAUUGGCUCUUUCUGGAACUCAGAUCCUCGCCAAGUUUAGCAAGACCAGCCUGUCAUGCCUUGCUCAGAAUGCGUUGGUUACCUUUAAUGGCAGCUCAGGCAGACCAGAUGCGAACAGUCCUAGCAAACACUUGGUGAUGAACAACAUGCCAACAGUACAACAAGCCAUCACACCGCUCGUGGAUGUGCCAACGCGUCGUCAGAUCACACACAGUGGUCGUGUGGCCGAAAGAGGUCUGCAAUACUCUGACCUUCUGGGCAUGAGCAACAGCAAACUCCGAAGCCGUGAUAACAAGCCCAAGGAAGCACCACCACCCAAAGACAGCAGCAAUAACAAGGGAACGCCGUCGAAGGACAAUGCUCUUCCGGGUUUUAAGACGACGGAUAAGAUCCUCGAUUUUGCAAGAGUCGCCGUUUUAUACAUUCUUCAACAGCAAAAUUUGGACGCCGCCACCAAAGCACAAGAAGAGCUUCAGAAAUUCUUCCAAAAGAGCCUGACAGGCGACGCUAAGCAUGGUACGCUUGUGACGGAGAAGGAUGCUGCUAAUGUUACGAUUGGUGGCCCCAACUCUAUCAACUUGGUCAAGUUGUCUAUUAUAUUAGCAUAA